UUGGAGUGUUGAUUAAAGAAUGGUCAACAAUUUAAUUGUUGUGUUUUUAUCAAUUGUACUCAGUGCUGUUUCCAGUCUUCAAGACAACAGUUUCGAAUUUAUCAAGUUUUGGUCACUGUUGUGUUUCAGCUCUUCACUUAAAUCAGAGUUAACCCAUACUAAAAAAAUAUUUUUUUUUUGUGUAUUGUUCAACAUGAAAGUUUUGUAUAGCAUUUUACUGUUUUUGCUCACGUCAAGAUCAAUUCAGUGUUCAAUUUAUAAAAAUCUCAAAUAUUUCGAUACAUUACAUGCCUCCGAUCUUUCCCAUAAUAUUGUAAAGCGUGGUGCAACGGAUAGUCCUCAUCCACUUAACAAAAUUAAAGAAGUAUCAUUUUAUACUCUGGGACGACAUUUUAGAUUGAUUUUAUCACCUAAGAGAGAUUUGCUUCAUCAUCAGUUUGAAGCUAUCUCUAUUGACGGAGAAGGUGUUGAAACUCCAGUAACAGUUGAUCAUGACCAUUUUUAUAAUGGUAGAGUAUUCGGAGAGACUAGUUCACACGCCAGCGUACACUUAGACAAAGGUGUGAUGACUGCUAUUAUUGAUGUGCCUGGUGAAACUUAUCAUAUUGAACCGUCAUGGAGACAUUUACCUGAUAGAGAUAACAAAACAAUGGUCACAUAUAAAGCUUCAGAUGUGCGCUUGAGUUGGGAACAAUCUGAAAAGAAACAACAUAAGCCGUGUGCUUACGUAAAAGAGGAUGCAGAAGUAGAAACUGUGGAUGAUGAUGACGAUGACUUAGUUUCCAUUACAAGAAAUAAGCGUGAGGCAGAUUCAUAUAAUUAUGUGACAAACCCGACAAAAACCCGUUGCCCGUUGUUAUUGGUCGCUGACUAUAGAUUUUUCAGAGAAAUGGGUGGAGGUGAUACGAAGACUACGAUUAACUAUCUGAUUAGUUUAAUCGAUCGUGUACACAAGAUAUACAACGACACAUUAUGGUUUGAGAGACAAGAAUCUGACGGCUUUCGAGGUAUGGGUUUUGUUAUAAAAAAAAUUACAGUACACAGUGCACCAACCAAAGUUCAUAGUUUGGAAGACCAUUACAACAUGGUUAAAGAAAAAUGGGAUGUUCGUUCGUUACUCGAGGUGUUUUCAAAAACAAAAGACGUGUCCAGCUUUUGUUUAGCUCACUUAUUUACGCAUCAAACAUUCAAAUCAAAACAAUCGUCAGUCUUGGGUCUCGCAUAUAUAUCUUCACCUAGGAGCUAUGCCAUAGGUGGAAUAUGUAGUCCUGAGUAUUUCAAAAAUGGGUACACCCUGUACCUGAACUCGGGGCUAAGCUCGAGCCGUAAUCAUUAUGGCCAAAGAGUUAUUACAAGGGAAGCAGAUUUAGUAACGGCUCAUGAGUUUGGUCACAACUGGGGUUCGGAACACGAUCCUGAUAUUAAGGAAUGUAGUCCAACGGCCCGCAAAGGUGGAUCAUUUCUUAUGUACACUUAUAGUGUUAGUGGAUAUGAUAUAAAUAACAAGAGGUUUUCUCCCUGUAGCUUAAGAUCCAUACGAAAAGUAUUGCAAGCUAAAUCAGAAAGAUGUUUUUCCGAACCAGAAGAAUCGUUUUGCGGAAAUCUCAGAGUUGAAGGCAACGAAGAAUGUGACGCUGGCCUGUUGGGUACGGAAGAUAACGAUUUGUGUUGUGACAAAAGUUGCAAACUGAGAAAAGCUCAAGGAGCUCGCUGCAGUGACAAAAAUUCGCCUUGUUGCCAAAACUGCCAAUUCAUGGCACCCGGAGUGAAAUGCCGCGAAGGACAAUUCACUACUUGUGAACAAGAAUCGAGUUGUACAGGAAACGGAGCUGAAUGUCCUAAGAGCUUGCCCAUGGCCGAUGGCACUGGAUGUCUGGAAAGAGGAAAAUGCCGCUCGGGCAAAUGUAUAUCUUUUUGUGAAACAAUAGGCCUACAAAGUUGCAUGUGUGAUAAAAUUUUGCAAUCGUGUAUACGGUGCUGUCGAAUGAAUUUGAACGACACGUGUUCUCCAGUCGAUCCGCUUGACAUUUUACCCGAUGGGACCCCUUGUGUUCAAGGAUUCUGCAAUAAAGGCGUUUGUGAAAAGACUAUUCAAGACGUCGUUGAACGUUUUUGGGAUAUCAUUGAAGAAAUUAAUAUCAACAAAAUGUUGCGAUUCUUUAAAGACAACAUUGUUGGUACGGUCAUUUUAGUAACUAGUUUAAUAUGGGUGCCUGCUUCUUGUUUAAUUAACUGGUUGGACCAUAAGCGUGCAAAAGAAGCACGUGAAAGAAGACAUCGGGAAGAAGACAACAACGAAUUAGUUCAGAUAUCUAAUGAACCAAGGCCGAAAAAAAUAAUUUAUAUCAAAGUUGCGACAAAUCAAAACGAAAGUGACGAAGAAAUGUAGUUUUUACUUAAAAAAAGACAAAGAUCUUUACGACACAGUGAACAUAUUAACUGUAUUACUUAAGCUAUUAAAUUAAGUUAUCUAUAAACUUUUUUUGUUUUUACUUUUUAUACAAUAUGUUGUUACUAAUAUAAGUGCUCGUAUGAUUUGUUUUAUUAUACAUAAACAAUUUAUUCAUUUUUUCAACAACUAGUGAAAAAUAGCAUCUAGUCAAACCUGUGCCUAUACUUCAUAUAGUUGAUAUUUUAAGUUCUGAAAUAUGUAUUGACCAAAUUAGUGUAAAAACUCUUUGAAAAUGUAACUGUAUUUUUUAAAAAAUUAGAAAAUAAAUUUUAGUUUGUUAAAAAAUGGAAAUUAAAUUCUAUUUAAUCAGCUAUAAAUAUAAACAUGUAAAAUUGUUACUUAUAUGUAUACUGUUAUUACGUUGUGUAGUGG